UUAUGUGUUGGAAAAUUAUGCUAACAUUUUUUAAAGAGUAAUUGAAAUAUGCUUUCAUAUUUUGUUAUUUUUAUGUCUGUACUUAAAUUUGGUUACUCAUUAGAAGUAAAUAAAGAGUAUGAGAAUGAGUGCUCUGUUGCUCCAAAGCUUCCAACAAAUGAAUCUUUAACUUGGCAUCAUUGCAUUAAAGAUUAUAACAUUAUUGUGACAGAUCAUGGUCCAGUGAGAAUGCUUCCACAAUUUUGGAAAAGUACUGGCUUGUGCCCUCCUGAUCCUCAUAAUGAAUCAUUUAAAUUCCUGUUAUCAGCAGACAUGAAACAAAACUUAUUUCACAUUGGGUCUCUGCCUCACAAUGGCAUUGAAAUAAUUCGUAUACAUUGGAUGCUGGAAUUAGUUCAAGUACAAAUUUUGCCCAAAUUGAAUGCUGUAUACAAUUUUACGUUUCUUGAUGAAUUAAUUUUUGCUCUGUGGAAAAAUGACCUGCAUCCUGGUUUUGAGCUUAUGGGCAAUCCAUCAGAUUUUUUUUCUGAUUUUGAGAACAUCACUCAAGUGUAUGCUUGGAGAGACCUAAUACAUGCUACUGCCCUGCGGUACAUUGCUUUGUAUGGAAUUGAUUACGUCACUAAGUGGAAUUUUGAAACGUGGAAUGAACCUGAUCACCAUGAUUUUGAUAACCUAAAUUUUACACUGCAGGGUUUUUUGAACUAUUAUGAUGCUUGUUCGGAAGGUUUGAGACUAGCUGAUAAAAGAUUGCGAUUAGGUGGACCAGGUGGCUCUUGUCAUGUUCCUUCAGUUAGGCAUUCUCCUCUAUGCUGGGCUUUGCUAGAUCACUGCUCACAUGGGAGAAAUUUCUUUACUGGGGAAAAAGGAACAAGAAUAAAUUUUAUUUCUUUUCAUAAAAAGGGCAAUGCCAGUGUAAAUCAUAUUGUCGCUGAUGAAAUGGAAACUAUUCAGUACAUCAGAAAUCACUUUCCGGAACUGAAGAAUGUUCCUUUCAAUAAUGAUGAGGCUGAUCCUAUGAAGAAUUGGGCUCUUCCUGAAUUGUGGAGGGGAGACAGUGCUUAUGCUGCAAAAGUUGUUGAAAAUGUCUUGAACCAUGUUGAGUUUUACUAUGGGCAAAGAAAUAUGAACAUAAAUUUUAGUUUACUUAGCAAUGACAAUGCAUUUUUAAGCUUCUUUCCAAAUCAGUUUACUGAAAGAACACUUUUGGCUCGUUUUCAAGUUAACAACACCUUACCUAAAUAUGUAGAAUUUGUCAAGAAACCUGUGUAUGUCGUAAUGGGUCUUCUUAGUAAGCUCUGCAAUGAACUGAUGACUGUCAUUAUUAAUGGCAAAGGUGAUGGAAAUAAUUUUGGUGUGAUCUCUACUCAAUGCAUAAGAAAUAGGAAAGAAUUUGUAAUCAUUUUGUACAACAACCCUGAUGGUUUACAUUCAUCUACUAUUACUGAAGUUAAUCUUUCUGUAAAUAUUUCAUUUUCUGGAAAAGGUUUUAGAUGGACAAGUUUAGAAGUAAACAAUGAGAAAACUAAUCCAUAUGCUGUUUGGCUGAUGUUAGGAAAGCCAUCAUAUCCAUCUCUUCAACAGUUCUUUUUAAUGAAAGAUUCAGAAAAUCCUUAUCAGAGUGGACCAUUUGAGCUUGCUCAUGAGCCACCUUGGAAAUUUCAUAUACAAAUGACCAGCCCAAGUGUAACUUUGAUAAAUAUAUGUCAAAAAAGCAAAAAACUGAAAAAGGUAAGCAAAAUACAUUUUCUUCAAGUAAGAAAUGAUACAUUGCAGAUAGCAUGGAAAGACAAACAUAAUAGGUGCUUAUUGACAUACAAUGUAGAGUACAGUCAUGAUUAUUCUGGGAAGUACAGAAAGAUAAAUAGUAAGAAGAUAGUCACAUCAUCUUUCUGGCACGCAUGUGUAAAAUAUAAAAAUUGCAAACUUAAAGGUUAUUACCGAAUAUAUGCUGUAAACUUUUGGUAUCAACGAGGUCCAUACUCAGAAAUUGCACAUUUCAAAGGAUAAAUGAUUUUCAC